AUGGGCGAUAGUGCGAAACGCACCGUAUUGCUGUUUCCAUCCGAAACCAUAGCGAAGUCGAAUGCAGAUCUCUUUGUGAAAGCAUUGCACUUUCACGACUUCGAAGCGAUAUGUGUUCCGCCCGUGCACUUUGUCUAUAAGAAUUUGUCGCAAUUGCGAGCAAAAUUGCAAACACCGGAGAAUUAUGGGGGCAUUAUAUUCUCGUCUCCACGAUGCGUCGAGGCCGUGGCCGAAGCGCUGCAGCAGGCUCCUCUGAGCCACGGCUGGAAGUUAUUGCGCAACUAUUCCAUGGGCGAAGUCACACACAACUUGGCCUACAAAGCAUUGCAACAGCUCUGCACAAUUGGCAAGGCCUCUAACAAUGCCUCCAAUCUGUGCAAUUUAAUUAUGGACACGUAUGCUCAGGAACCAGAGCUACCCUUCCUGCUGCCCUGCGGCAAUAUGGUGGGCAAUGCGGUGCGACUCAAACUGCUCCAAGUAGGUUACAGCGUGGACGCCUGCGAGGUCUUCGAAUGUAAAUGUCAUCCCAGAUUCUCUGCCUUGAUGAAAAGUGCCUUGGACGCUGGGAAGAUGGAAUUUCUCGUAUUCUUUUCACCUGCAAGCGUGCCUCAAAUUGUGGGCUAUUUCAAAGCUAAUCUAAUUUCAUUGGCCAAGUGUAAAGUAAUUGGUGUGGGAUCAAUCACACGGAAGGCAUUGGAGAGAGAGGGCUUAAAAGUUCAUCAUACGAUCGUCAGGCCAAUAGUGGAGGAGCUACUAGGGGUAAUGGUGAAGACAAAUCGUGCAGCUAAAAUUUAAGAAAUGUCUUCAAAUUUAUGUGCGGGGUUUUCAUUAAAUUAUGAGUUACCUUA